CCUCUCUCCUCCUGCUCUCUGAGGUGAUGGAGGAACUCUGCUUCCCACAACUCCUCAACUCCUCCUGCAGGACACCAGAUCCUCCUGGCUCUGGGAUUGUGGUUGUUUACGUCCUGCUGUACAUCAUCUCUGUGCUCACUGCAGCUCUCAACCUGCUGGUCAUCAUCUCCAUCUCACACUUCAGGCAGCUCCACACUCCCACCAACUUCCUCCUGCUCUCGCUGGCCGUCUCAGACUUUUUCGUGGGGUUUCUGGUGAUGCCGGUUGAAAUCCUCCUCAUGCAGACCUGCUGGAUGCUGGGUGACCUAAUGUGUGCUCUGUAUUACCUACUGCCCCUCAUCAUCACCACUGCCUCUGUAGGAAACAUUGUGCUCAUAUCUGCGGACCGCUAUGUGGCCAUUUGUGACCCUCUGCACUACCCCACCAGAAUCACUAAGAAAAGAAUGAGAAUCUCUGUUUGUGUGUGUUGGUUCUACUCUCUGGUCAUAAGCACUGUCAUUUUAUACAAUGAACUGAAGCAACCAGGCAGGUAUAAUUCUUGCUAUGGGGAAUGUGUAGUUGACAUUGCAGGUGAUGUUGAUCUCGCUUUCGGCUUUGUUAUUCCCAUUACAGUAAUUGUUGUUCUGUAUAUGAGAAUAUUUUUGGUGGCCGUGUCUAUGGCUCGUGCCAUGCGAUCCCAGGUUCUGGUUGUCACAUGGCAACAUUCAAGGACUGUGAAAAGUGCUAAAUCUGAGAGGAAAGCAGCCAGGACUCUCAGUAUUGUUGUUUUUGUGUUCUUGAUGUGUUACUGCCCGUACUACUGCGUCUCUCUAACAGGCAGCACAAUACUGGUUGGCACCUCAGUUGAGGUCUUGAUGAUUUUUCUCAUAUAUUUGAACUCCUGUCUGAACCCGAUCAUCUACGCUUUUUUCUACCCCUGGUUCAGGAAAUGUCUCAGACUCAUCGUUACACUUCAUAUAUUGCAGUCUGGCUCCUGUGAGGCCAACGUGCUGUGAAGUUACUAAAAUGAGUCUCUGAAAGAACAAAUAUAUUUCUACAGAAAAGUCAUUGUCAGAGCAGAUGCUUGAUUUGAACCUUGGGGUGAACACUUUAAAUCAGGGUGUUUGCAGGAAAUUUGAUAUGCCAAACACUAAAUGUCCUACAUUCUGGUGAAUUUUUAUGCAUCAGUUUGUUUCUUUUCUGCAUCAUAUCAUAGUGACAUGCAUUCAGGCUCUCAGGCAUUCUGUCUAACUGUCAAAUAUUUAUUGUGCUGUCGAUCAACUUUUCCAAUCUAAUAUUAUUCCUGCUGAACCAACAAGCAGAAUUUCUCUGCUGUUUUCUUUUCUGUCUUUUUGUGGCACUGAGCUUUUUAAAUGUGAAUGUGGCACCUUAAAUUUCAAUGAUAGAUUCAUUCAUUUUUAAACCUCUGCACUGUUACAGAUCAGAUGUGUUCAUCAAAUG